UUCUGGCAAUUCAAUUUAUGUAAGUACUCGAGCCACUUAUAGCAUUUCUCCAGAGUAUCAGCACCUAACUUUAGUUCUUGACGUUCGGACUGGUCGCAACACGAUAUAAAAAUGAACGAGACUGGCGCAUAGCAAAUCACCGCCCUAUGUCUUCGCAUUCCCUUCUCCCACCCGAGCUUUGGCUCGAGGUCUUCUACUGGGCUACAUUACAUCCGACCCGAAAUGCUUUCUCAACGACCUACCGGCCCUUUUCCAAUUCUCAAUCCAUCGAGGAAGAACUCAUUCUGCGCAUGAAGCGUAGUCUGGUCUUAGUCUGCAGGGACUGGCAUCUCUUAACAAAGGAGUUCUUGUACAGAGAUGUCCGGAUUGGACCAGCGCAGAAGGCUCUGAAGAAGGCUCUGUGCAUACCGGAGGAUGGUCAUGAUUGUGAUGGCUAUUCUAAGUUUGUGCGUCGUGUGGUGUUGCCUUAUCAGUCUACCACAACCCCUACGCAUUGUUCCAACCCGUUGACGUCCGUAGAGAUCUUGAAACAUUGCAGUCAAGUGGAGGUACUUGUUCGACCUCGCCUAUUCACAUCCCCUGGAUGGCAAGCUCCCGUAGACAUCCCACGUUUCGAGUUCGAAGCUGACUCCCUUCCGUUGCCCUCUUUGAAGCGACUGGAGUGGAACUAUAACGUGGAAGCGGAACGAACUGGUGGUAUCAAUUCCCUAACAAUUGUUCUCCGCGACUCCCCAAAUAUCGAGUACCUCCACCUAGGAGGGUUUGGUCCGCGAACGCAGUUUUCCGCUAGCCAUGCCAUCCAUCUCCCUAAACUAAACACGGUUUCUGUAGCGACGCUUACUGCACAUAUUGCAUACCAGCUUACUUACCGCUGGUCCCUUCCGUCCCUAUCUCAUCUCAUCAUCGGCGCUCUCAAUCUUCCCAGCUUGUCGACGGUAUGGGAAAAGUACGGGGAACAGUUAGAGACGGUGGAGUUUGGGAAGCAUCUGAGCUUCCUUCAGAGGGAUCUCGUUGGCCCUUGUGUUCAGUCUUGCCCCAAUCUCAGAGAGCUCAACUACUACAUCUUCUUUACCCUUCCGCCGUUUUUCUCUGAAGAAAACAGCGUUGUCGAAACCAUUGGUCUUCACGCAUAUCCUAACGAGAUGCUGAGUGAUACUACUGCCACUUGGGGGCUCCUGGAUGGUCAUUUCGAUACCCUAUUCAGAGGGGCCUUCCCCAUGUUACGAAACAUACAUCUGUACGGAGACUGGAGCCCUUUCCUCACGGAUAGCGGUCUCGCAUCUAGAUUGUACGAAGGUGAAUUUACUGUAUACACGUACCCAUAG